CACACACACCGCUUUAUUGUCAUGGUGCGAGUGGCGGCAUCGAUUGACAGCGCAGAGGCAGGUCCCCUUUAUCAGGAUGUGCAGGAUGUCCUUAUCAUUUCCUCCAAGCUGACAGCCUGCAUGAUCAUCUUGUAUUUUUUUUUUUCUUUUUGCCUAAGCAGCCAUCUGGAAGGAGGACAAACAAGACAGCCCAGUCACUAUAGUUUCACUUGUAGCCUGAAAACAUCACGCUGAAGGGAAUCUGUAACUUGACAUCAUUCCUGCUUUAUUUUCCCGCCCCCAUUGUUGUAUUGCUUACAGGCUGGAUCAAGCAUUUUUGCAAUUCCUGUAGGUUCUCAGAAGGAUUCGGAAGUGGAAACAAAAGGAAAAGUAGGACUUUGGUCCAGUGUGUGUGGCUGUUCGGAUCAGCGCAGGUUUACGUGUGGCCACGAGGCGCUGCAAGGACAACAAUGAAUGGAAAACGUGCGUAGAGGAUGCAGCCGCUACCUAACACAGAUCACCGCCCUUGACUCGGCAGCCAAAACCUGCCCAAACAGAAACCCGCCAGGAAAAACGUCCGAGGUGGCCGCUCGCCGCCCCUUUCGCAAAUGUAGUCGUGGGAUGCCAAGAAAGGCGCUGAAGAGGACAGCAGAACCAUGCUGAAGAAUGACCAUCUGGUCUACAUCGGGCUGGAGCUUGCCAUCGCCUGUCUGGCCGUGGCCGGGAACAUCCUGGUGUGCUGGGCCGUCUGUCUCAACUCCAACCUGCAGAGCAUCACUAACUUGUUUGUGGUGUCGCUGGCGGCGGCCGACAUCGCCGUGGGCCUGCUGGCUAUCCCUUUCGCCAUCACUAUCAGUACUGGCUUUUGCGCUGAAUUCCACGGAUGCCUCUUCAUCGCUUGCUUCGUCCUGGUGCUGACCCAGAGCUCCAUCUUCAGCCUGCUGGCCAUCGCCGUGGACCGCUACAUCGCCAUCAAGAACCCACUCAGGUACAACAGUCUGGUAACAGGUCAAAGGGCAAAGGGUAUCAUUGCAUUGUGCUGGCUGCUCUCAGUCUCCAUCGGCCUGACACCAAUGCUAGGCUGGAAUAAAGGAUGGAAUUCCACCACGAUGGCCUCCAGCAGUUGUCCCGAAGGCCUGACGGAGUGUCUUUUCGAGGGAGUGGUUACGCUGGACUACAUGAUCUACUUCAACUUCUUCGGCUGUGUGCUGCUCCCCCUGGUGGUCAUGCUGGUGGUGUACGCUCACAUCUUCAUGGCUGCCCGGCGCCAGCUUCGCCUGAUGGGCCUCAAAAAAGUCUCCCCGGCGCCAUCCCACGCUGCAAAAGCGUCAUCUUCGUUUCGCUCCACUUUGCAUAAGGAGGUGCACGCUGCCAAAUCGCUGGCCAUCAUCGUGGGCCUGUUUGCUUUUUGUUGGCUGCCCCUGCACAUCAUCAACUGUUUCAACUACCUGUGCGACAGCUGCCAGCGUCCGCACAUCUGGGUGAUGAACAUCGCCAUCAUCCUGUCGCACGCCAACUCCGUCGUCAACCCCUUCAUCUACGCCUAUCGAAUCCGAGAAUUCCGACAGACGUUUCGGAGGAUUCUCCACCAGCAUGUUCUCGGCCGGAGGAACUGCCGCUGCCUCCGGUUCGGGGGCGGUCGUGGACGAGACAUAAGAAGCGGCAGUAUCAAGCGGACUUCCUCGCACUUCCGUAAAGACGAUUCGUCAUACGGAACUGUGGUGAACACUUUUGUCCUCGACUCCAGCCAGUGGACGUCGCCGUUGGGCGCUCUACCAAACAGUUGCAUACCUAAUGGAAAUCCAGACAGUGUGGAAAUGAGAGACAGUGGAAGCUGCAUUUCUUUCGUCAAUGUUCAAGCUCUCUCCUUUAUACAGACCCACUCUACGGAUUUGUCAUAGACACAACACAACGCAUCCUUAAUUGUGCAAAAUCUAAAAUAUGGAAAAAAAAAAACAAUGGUCCUGUGGUCUUCUAUUUCUGAUAUCUGAUGGACCCUAUACAACUGGAAAGGAACGGCUCAAGGAUAUUUUUAUUUGCUUGAUUGCUGUCUAAAUUUUGGGGUUUUAUUAAAUAAAUGAUGAAUGUUGUCCAUGUUGCUUUUGAACCUGCUUGCUAAUCUUUUUCAAAGCCUGCACUUGUUGAUACAGCAGAUAUUUAUCAACUGUUUUAUGAAGUGUAAAUAAGUCAAGUUGGGGGGGGGGGGGGAAGCAAUGUUUGAAGGGAAGUCAUUUGUUACCAAGGAACUUCUUAAAUCGCGACAGUUUGACGAGUGAUUUGAUAACUGCUAAGCAACA